GAAUUAUUUGAUCCAAACGCCACAAAAAGCGGAUUUUAUCUGAAGAGACCAUUCAAUGGAAUGAAAAAAUCACCGAAUUCUUCCUCCACUAAACACAGCAAAUCGAAAGACAAUGAAAACAAUACUAAACAGUCGACCGAAUCGCUGGACACUAUCGAUAACGCGGACGCAAAAGACGGCGACAAUGAGUGCGAAGACAAGUCAAACAUAAGGACAUUGUGUGACACAAUGAAGAGACAGAUCAUUUCGCGUGCAUUCUAUGGUUGGUUAGCCUAUUGUCGACACCUCCGCACAGUUCGCACACAUUUGGCCGAUUUGGUCAACUUGAAGAUGAUCGCAAUGGAUGAGCCGACUGAUGCCACUCACGGUAUUACCACAGAGUUGUGGCAAUCGUUCAAAUCUCCAGACGGACGGAUCGCCGACUCCGAUGAGAUCUAUAGACUUAUAUAUUUCGGUGGUAUUCAACACAGUCUCAGGAAAACCGUUUGGCCCUAUCUUUUGGGUCACUAUAGCUUCGAGAUGUCUGACGACGAGAGGGCACAGCGAGACACAGAAACGCAACACAUGUACGAAAUGGUUAUGUCCGAGUGGUUAGCUGUCGAGGCUAUUGUCCGCCAACGAGACAAAGAGAUAAUGGCCGCCAAUUUGGCCAAACUAUCUUCGGAGAGCAAUUCGGCUGAGAUUCCCCUAACGGGUCCUAAAGACCACAAUCUGAGUAACGAUGUGUUUGAAGACAUCUCGGAAGGCGAUGAGUCCAAUCCGUCGAGUCGUAAGUCAUCGACACAAACGGAUGUCACCAAAGAUGGGGGGAAAGAGUCCGACCGACCGACGAGUGGCGCUGCGGCCAGACGUCAACUACAGCGACACCGACCGGUCGACAGUCAGAGCAGUUCACAGAAUAUAAUUGUCACCAAUUCAUCGAUUGAUAUCACAAACACAUCCAAAGUUGAGCAACAAAACAGUCAACAAACCGGUGAUGACAACCCGUCGGACGCCGACUGUACGGCACAUCUUCCCAUUGCCGGCAACGGAGAGUCUAACUCCCAGUGCGUGUCUCCCGUCUCAUCCAAUGGUGGCGUUUAUACCAACGAAUUAUUAGAUUUAUUUUCGCUAAACAUUCACCGAAUCGAUAAAGACGUCCAGAGAUGUGACCGAAACUUCUGGUACUUUACGAACGCCAAUCUGGAGAAACUUCGUAACGUUAUGUGCACUUAUGUCUGGGAACACCUCGACAUCGGUUACGUGCAGGGAAUGUGCGAUUUGGUCGCACCACUGCUCGUCAUUUAUAACGAUGAGGUGUUGACAUACAGUUGCUUUUGUGAGCUAAUGAAGCGAAUGGUGGCCAACUUCCCACACGGCGGGGCAAUGGACGCACACUUUGCAAACAUGCGAUCACUCAUACAAAUACUGGACGCAGAGAUGUUUGAAUUGAUGCACCAAAACGGCGAUUACACGCACUUCUACUUCUGUUACCGUUGGUUCCUCUUAGACUUCAAACGCGAACUCGUUUACGACGACGUGUUCUCCGUAUGGGAGACGAUAUGGUCGGCGAAGUAUAUCUCUUCGUCCAGUUUUGUACUCUUCAUAGCAUUAGCUUUAGUUGAAUACUACAGGGAUAUCAUUCUGGAGAACAAUAUGGACUUUACAGAUAUCAUCAAAUUUUUUAAUGAAAUGGCCGAAAGACACGACGCAAAGGCAGUCCUUAAGAUAGCCAGAGAUCUUGUUCUUCAAAUACAGACACUAAUCGAUAACAAAUGAACGACAAAAACAAAUUCAGUCAUCUUUAAAGUGGUGUUUAUUUAAUCCAUAAAUGAAUCUAAACUUAAUUAAUCGUCAUUUAUAACAAACUAUUCAAUUGAUGUCUCAUUAUAUGAACGUAUUUUUGAUGUCAUGUUAUAUUUGAAGACAAUUAUUAACUCAUAAAUCAAAUUAAAUUGUUAUUUCAGAUGACAUUACUUUUUAAAUUAACAAAUUGUUUGCAUUUAUGAUAUAUUUAUUUAA